AAAGAGAGCAUGUGAUGUUACUUUUGGACGUUAACAUCCAUUAACAAGGGCAAACUCCAUCUUAACUCCUCCUCCACGUUUACUCGAUUGGUUGAACAGUGCAAAAGAGAACCUCCCCGAUAGUUAUUUUCUCUCGUCAGGACCAGAAAGAAAUAAACACCGUUCAGGCGUUUCUUUUAAGAAUGCUGAAUUACUCUACUUAGGUUGUGUUGUACGACAGUAGAUACGGCUGAACUUCAGACUGGUGACAAGACAACACCAUAGUUAAACUCGUUUAAAUUACACAAUUUAUCUUGUUUGAGCGGCUUGUGUUGAGAAGUUGAGUUUCCUCUAUUUUGCAGUUGCACAAUACAACGGACCUUUCUUUUUCAGAGACUCUCGGCAGUUAAGGUUUUUUUUUCUUUCUCUACCCACCCCGCAUAAGGACCAAACCUACGGACAAUCGGCAGAGUCCAGUAUGGUGGAUCAAGGAUAUGUACAGGGCUGGCACCCAGCUGGAAAGGACCCCUCUCAGAGCCACCUGGGGGGGUCCUAGACCGCCAGCGACGACGGGUCUCUACGUUCCUCACUACGUUAUUUUCUACCCAAAGGCCUCAGUCAUUCUCCCUUGCCCCUCUCUCAACCCUCUAGGUCUCAACCCACAGAUUUUAUACCAAAUCAUACCCCAAGCUCCUACUCUUAACUCCAGUCCACAGCCCAUAAACCUCCAGUCUAACUGACCAUGAGGGGACAGAAGGUGAGCAUGUUAUUGGGCUGUGCUCUCCUCUGCUCCGCCUCUCUCCUCUACCUGGGCCUGAGUGGCAUCGACUGCCCUCCCCCUGACCACGCCCACCGCCAUACCUGGGCAGAUGCCCACCUGGGCUCCACCAAUCAGAGCCAAGCAUCUCCCAUUUACUAUGGCGAGGACACACCCCUCAUUUUCAUUGGUGGGUUCCCUCGGAGCGGCACCACACUGAUGCGGGCCAUGCUGGAUGCCCACAAUGCAGUGCGUUGCGGGGAGGAGACACGGGUGAUCCCGCGUCUCCUUGCCAUGCGUGCCACCUGGAGUCGCUCGGCCAGAGAGCGGGUCAGACUGGACGAGGCCGGGGUCACUGACCAGGUGUUGGACUCAGCAGUGCGGGCGUUCUUACUGGAGGUAAUAAUAGGUCAUGGGGAGCCAGCAGCCAGGCUCUGUAACAAGGAUCCAUUUGCUCUGAAGUCUCUGUCCUACCUGGCCCGUAUUUUCCCCCAGGCCAAGUUUGUUCUCAUGCUACGGGAUGGAAGGGCUACCGUCCACUCCAUGAUCUCACGCAAGGUGACCAUCUCUGGUUUUGACCUGACUAGUUACAGGGACUGUCUAACUAAGUGGAGCCGUGCGAUGGAGGGCAUGUACUCCCAGUGCCAGGGGGCGCCUGAGGGCAGCUGUCUGCCUGUGCGCUACGAGCACCUGGUACUGCACCCAGAGGAAGAGAUGAGGAAGCUGCUGAGCUUCCUGGGGUUGCCGUGGGACCCGGCCGUGCUACACCACGAAGACCUCAUUGGCAAGGCCGGUGGAGUGUCGCUGUCCAAAGUGGAGCGGUCCACAGACCAGGUCGUGAACCCUGUAAACACAGACGCCCUCUCUAAGUGGGUGGGUCACAUCCCCUCUGAUGUGCUGCGUGAGAUGGAUGACAUCGCCCCCAUGCUCGCCCGCCUCGGCUACGACCCCCUUGCAAACCCCCCAGACUACACCCGGCCAGACCCCAUCAUAGCCCCCAACAACUACACACUGGUGAGACCUGACUCACCAAAUCAGAAUUUACAUCCUUUCAUAUUUGUAUUCUUAUGGACAGUAUCAUUUGUAAGGGAGACGCGUACAGAUGGAAAGUCUGAUAGGAAGGGCAACAUGCAUAUCCUCGUGAUGCUGGAAAUGAAGAACCCCAAUGCUCAGUGAUCAUAAAUAAGUAAUAUACUCCUGCACCACAGGAGACUGGUGAGGGAAGGACUGCUCAUAAUGGCUGGAAUGGAUUAAGUGGAAUGGUAUCCAACACAUGGAAACCAUGUCUUUAUGUUUGAUACCAAUCCAUUAAUUCCGUUCCAGCCAUUACGAUGAGCCCGUCCUCCCCUAUUAAGGAGCCACCUGUGUCAUGCACAUAUUUUCAUAUCUGCAUGUGCUCUUCCUUAAAGACUGAUGCUGAUUUUCCUCUCCUCAGCUUCAGAGAACAGAAAUCCUACAUCCCAGUUAGGUGGAAAAGAAAGGAGGAGGAGGUAUACACAAUGCACUUUGGACAUUCUAGAACCCUCUCCAGUUCCACGCUACUUUCCCAUUGGCUCUCAGCCCACCAUCAACCCCACUGAAGAGGAUUCUAAACUGCAUCUGUGUUUUUGCUUAGGCCACUGUGACCGUUAGCCUAUGUUGUGUUAUUUCAGUGGAAUGAGGGCAUCAAAUAUGGAUCCGUUUAUUGCGCCACAAUUCUGUGGGACAGUGGAUGCCACUGUGUGGGAACUCCGGUGCCUCUUCCCUUGACUCAUUCUCAGGAAAGUCCCCUGUCUGAAAUUCUGCCUCCACUCCCUCCACAGACCCCUCCAUGUACCAAUAGUGUUGCAGUGUAAUGUGAAUUUGUACCACAAUUGUUGAACCUGGUACCAUUUCUAUGUUUCUUAUUAACUUCCUGUCACUCAUCCAAAAUCUGUGAACAUGUUUUUGGAAAGAUCUGCGAGAGUGUGUGUGUGUAUAUAUAUGUGUAAGUAGGCAUACAUUUAUAUUUUUCAAGAUGUCAUGUUUAUUUUCUUAAUAAAUUAUUUUGUUGGAGCAUUCAUUCAGUAUUAGAUUUUGUAGCUUGUUUUGUCAAAAUAAAUAAGGCAAAUCACUGUAUAACAAG